AUGUUCUCCCCGGACUACUUUCACACUGCCUCGGCACCAAAGCCUCAGUACUAUCAGGAUUACGCCCAGGCGCACAUUCGGGAUAGGCGUAUUUCUCUCUCACCUCUGGCAAAAAAAUGGAUCAGGAACUACAGAGAACCCUACAAAGGAUUCACGUCAGAUGGAAACAUUGUACCUGGUCUAUGGAAGGCAAGCCUAGAUGCCAACGGACCGACCCAGGCGAUGGUGGAUGCAGCCCAACACUUGGUAUCAGUAGCAUCGGCGAAUGAAAAGGCACGAUUCCGUCAUCUUGUUACCGCUCGAGAAUGGCGUGCGUGGUCAAAUCCCGAGGUUAUGGUUAUGGAGACUGGUCUUCGUGUUGACGCCAUGAGCGCAGACACUAUGAAUGCAGUAUAUGAUUUGCUCAGAGUUUCGUUGAGUCCCGAAGGCUUCGCAAGGGUGUGGACAGCAAUGAUGAUGAGCACCUCGGAGAACCACGAGGACUUGCACCGCAUUGCUGGCUACCAAUUUUGUCUGUUUGGCGAACCCGGUCCAUUUUCGCCUUGGGGGUUCAACCUGUUCGGCGACAACGUGUGCGUCAACGUCUUCACCCUCAGCGGAGAAGUAGUGAUUGGUCCCUUCUUCGUUAGUGCCGGACCCAGCUUUACCGAACAUGGUUUGGUGGAUGGAGUCCAGGUCUUCGAGCGUGAGGAAGCAGCUGGGCUCGCUUUGAUGGCAUCUCUCAACACACAACAACAGCGCGAAGCCAGUCUUCUUGGCGAGCUUGAAGACUUCAACACAGAUCAAGAUCUUUUUGAUCCAAUGGACUACCGCAGUCUUGGCGGUGCACACCAAGACAACCGAAUUGUGCCAUAUGAAGGAAUCUGCGCCGCCGAGCUCAACUACGAGCAACAAGUAGCACUCCUCAACAUUGUGAGAUCAUUCAACUCAGUGUUGCCACAAGAAUGCUUGGAUUUGUUCAUGCAAAGAGUCGAGGCACACCUCGGCGAGACGUACUUCUCCUGGCUUGGACCCGUUCACACAGAUGCGCCAUUCUACUUCCGCAUCCACAGCCCUGUUGUGAUGAUUGAACUCGAUCAUCAAGAUGGCAUCAUGGUGCCUGGCACGUCACACAGACAAUACCAAAUCCACGCGACACAGCGCUUGCCCAAUAGAGGCGACUAUGGAGCAGCGCUUCUUGACGAGUGGGUGAUGAAGAUGGCCGGAUUUGACAGAAUCGGCAGCGUGGUCCGAUGA